AUGGGCCGUUGGUCACAUCUGGAUACGGACGAGGAACGCCUGCCGGAGGGCAUGGUGAGGAUUGGAUACGACGCCGACGACGAAACAUAUACGUAUCGCGAUGAACGAGACGGCAGCAUAUGGGAAUCGGCACCAGGCUGCCGUUAUGGUCGACUACGCAAGAUCUCGGAGGGCACACGCAGCAACGUCGGCCAGCAGCGACCGCGGGCAUCGACCCUACCGGCCCCGCCGCCACCCUACAGCGACGAGGCCCACAACGCCUCGUUUACCGACAUCCUCCGGGCGCACGCCGCCGACAUGGCACAGGCGCAACCGCCUGCGGCGCCGCAGCGCUCGUCGACGCAAUACCUCGAGCCCCAGCGGCCGUCGUGGCGCCACGAGCUGAUGCCGCUGCUGCACUUCUUCACGCUCAUAGGUCUGUUCCUCGUCGGCGUCUUUUGGCUCCUCGGCGGCUUCGACUCGAUUCUGAGUAACGAUCGCGCUUUGCAGAAGGUCGUGUGCGGCGAAAAAGCGACCCCUUACGUGAUUCAACGGGGCGAUACGUGCUGGGCGAUUUCGCAAAGGAUCGGCGUUCAAGUCGACGACCUUUUGACCGCAAACCAAAGACUUGAUUGUGAUAGCUUGGCUUUGGGGAAGACGAUUUGCCUUCCGGAAGGCAAAACCGCAUGA